AUGUCUGUCACGGUGUGGAUGCUGCUGCUGUUGAUGCUGCUGCUCUGGGCUGUACCCACGUUCCAGGAUAAGAACACGAAGUUGGUUUCAGCCUACAAGGGAAUCGGAGAGAUGUGUCGAUACAAUUCUGAGUGUCAGAGCGACUGCUGUGUCACCAACAGCGCGAAUCCACAGAAAUUCUGCACCCCUCAGACUGUGUUUUUGGAAUGUGUGCCCUGGAGGAAGCCAAAUGGGUACCUCUGUGAAGAAAACACACAAUGCCACAGCAACUGUUGCAUCAGGACUAGCAGCAGCCCAGACACGUUCUGCUCAGCAAAGACCAUCUUCAUGCAGUGUAUAUCUUGGCGCAAGCCUGAAGGAGACAUAUGCCAAAACCACCUUGAAUGCUGGAGCCUGUGCUGCCUCCCACUGAGCGAGAACAGCCCUUCCUACUGUACAAAGCGCACCGGGCUCCUGGCCCUCUGCCUGCCAGUGUGAAUGAACACGGUCUUGUGCGAUGCAGAACUGAAACUGGACUUCAGAGAGCA